UACUCUGGACUCGGUAAGGAUAUCAAGCAAAUCGUCGGAGCAGGAAAACGAACUCUUAGCAGAAACAGCAGCAACAACUGGCAGAACUGAGUGUAAGAAGAUUUAGGACUACAAGUAGCAGCAGCAGCAGUCAGUGACCGUCAUGGGUGAAGAACACCUAUGUGUAGGUGGUACCUAGUGGAGCUCUUUGAAGUGCAAAUCUCUUACAUCCUGAGGUUAGAAUAAAAAACAAAGGUGCAGGUGGCAACCUCCAGCUAAUUGCCAAUCAAAGUGGAAAAACUGCAGCUGCGGCAGGAAUUUCCACUUUCCCGAUCAUUGGAUUGUGUUCCGAAGAAGAAGAAGAAGAAAAUCAAAACAGCAAGAUGAGAUGUGAUUGUGAGUGAGUGAAUUGAGGAAAUUGAUGUUCCUGCCAGCUUGUUAGGGAAGCGAGGAAAAGUGGAAAAAAAUGUGCAUUGCUGGGAAGUGGUUAAUCAACCGUAUGUAAAUGUAAUUAUCGGGAAUCCAGUCAGUCAGGCAGGCAGGCAGGCAGUCAGUGGAUAAUCUUGAAAAGUGAACCAAUCAACCUGAAGGAGGAGGUGGCCUUGAGCUGCCUGGAUGGAAUGUGGCCAUCGUCUUCGUCUUCGUCUUGGUCGUGUGAAGGCUUUUAAUUAGAUUUGAAUUAUACCCAGUUCGACGAGGCAGACCAAGAACGAAGCCAGGAAAAACUUUCUCACUCGCUUCUGCCUCCUGCAUUACAUUUGCCAAUUAGGCUUCCUUCCUCUGCUUCUAGCGACGUCGUCGUCGUCGGUCGUGGAGUGGGUGGCGGACGGAUGCUACUAGUUGAAAACCGUUCUGCGUGUUUUUUUUUUCUCUCGUGAAAUAGAGUGUUAAAUUUCACCUGCAAGUGACUGCUUCUGUGGUUGCGUGAAAGACGGUAAUUGUCGAAAUGGUGUAGCAAAGUGUUUAUAGUGUGACUCGAUAACAAGGUUACAUAAAGCCAUAAUACGUCGUAAAAGUUUGGAGGGAUAUCCUGCCGCCUGCCAUUCACUACUGGGUGUGCACAGUAUUUCCUACGAGAAAAAAAAGGAAAAAGGAUCAGCGAUACAUCCCCCAUCAGUCCAGUCAGUGAGCCAAUUCAGAGCAUCAGUAGUGGAUUCGGAGAACGAACGGUGUGCCGGUGCUUCCAAUCGAGGAAAUGUUUCGAAUUAUGAGUGGUCAUCAUCACCAUCACCAUCAUCAUCGUCGUAGUCGACAUCAGCUAAACAAUCGGCAGCAGCAGCAACAGCAAUAAAUCCGAUGGGCUACCGCCAACAGCCAUGUGCAACCAAGAUGCCCCAAUGGGAGCAGAAGCAAUACUUGUACCGAGUAUUAGUCCUACUGCACCGUACAUAUAGCACCAUGUACUGGGAUGUGAGUACAGAGCAGUGAAGACAACAAACAAAACAAACAAGAAACGAAUCGAAACGGGGCUGGCACGUGAACCGCAGCUAAAAGGCGUGGAAAUUCAACACCUUACCAAGCCCGGCCUCAGAGAAACCACAAGGAGCAGGAGAGCGCGGCGACAGGAAAAGAACUAAGGAAACAAGCCAGCACUUUCAUCCCUACCCCCCCCCAUCCCAACGGUAUCGCGUCCUUGUCUUACCGGGCACAGAGAAGAAAGGAAAGCUUGAGCGCCAUGUUGAUAAAGGAGUAUCGAAUACCGCUGCCGCUGACGGUGGAGGAGUAUCGAAUAGCGCAGCUCUACAUGAUAGCGAAAAAAAGCCGCGAUGAAAGCAAAGGCGCCGGAAGUGGAGUGGAAAUCAUCGUCAACGAACCGUACCAGGACGGCCCCGGUGGCAGCGGACAGUACACGAGGAAAAUCUAUCACGUGGGCAGUCACCUGCCCGGGUGGAUUAAGGGCCUGCUUCCGAAGAGUGCCCUCACCGUGGAGGAGGAAGCCUGGAAUGCCUAUCCGUACACGAAAACCCGCUACACCUGUCCGUUCGUGGAGAAAUUUUCCCUCGAGAUUGAAACGUACUACUUUCCCGAUAACGGCCACCAGGAGAACGUGUUCAAGCUCAGCGGAAGUGACUUGCGGAAUCGGUUGGUCGAUGUCAUCGAUAUCGUUAAGGAUCAGCUUUACGGGGCGGACUACACCCAGAAGGAAGAUCCCACGAUGUACUGCUCGGAGAAGACCGCCAGGGGACCGCUGGGGGAAAACUGGCUGGCCGAGUACUGGGACGAGGUGCGAGACAAGAGUCAACCGACGGCGCGGAACAUGUCGCUGAUGUGUGCCUACAAGCUAUGCCGGGUCGAGUUCCGAUACUGGGGCAUGCAGACGAAGUUGGAAAAGUUCAUCCACGAUGUGGCGCUGCGAAAAACCAUGGUCCGAGCCCAUCGACAAGCUUGGGCUUGGCAGGACGAAUGGCACGGGUUGACCAUGGAUGACAUUCGUGAAAUCGAACGGCAAACGCAACUUGCCCUGCAGAAGAAGAUGGGCAACGAGGACGACGAGGAUGAAGAUCCAAAUGCAUCGGACAACAACAGCCGUCAGUCGAAUCAAUUCAAUUCGAUCGAAAAAACCGAAGAGAACUCGACGCCUCAGGUGAUGAAGAAACCGACGAUAGCGCCACCGUCGCCACCACCGACGCAAAGGCACAUUCAGUUCGGUGGCUGCCAGAUUCCGAUCCUGCAGCAACCUCCCAAGGUUAAGAAGACCCCGGUGGUGGUGGACGACAGCUCCGACGAGGAGGAAGACGACGAUGACGAGGAAGACGAUGAUGAAGACGAGAUGAAUCUGAACAGUCAGCGAAGCAACCAUCUGACCACCGGUGGUCAGUCGACGGGUAAACACUUUGCCGGCGGAUCCAAGGGACAACUGCACUCGCCGCUGGGCUCGGUGCACAGUUUCGAUCUGCAGAUUGCAAACCACACACUAGUACAAAAGAAUGUUGCCAAUUGGCGAAUGGAAAAGCUGGAAGUCGAAUCCAAGUCCGGCUCCGAGGAGGAAUUCUUCGACUGCCUAGGCGACAUGGCCGAGCACGCAUCCCUGGCCAAGUGGAGCUCGUUGGAGUUGCUGGCCGAGGAAGACGACAGCCCUCCGGUGCCCAGUGCCACCAGAAACCAAGAAGACUCCAUCUUCAGUCACAGUUACCUGCAGCGAGUGGCCUCCGAGCGGGGCAGCCGUCGUCCAACGCUGGGCGCCUCCUCCAGUAUAGAGCGAACCAAUGGGGACUCGCCUCCCGGUUCCCCGGGGCAACGAUCCUGCCCGACGACGGUGCUGGUGCUGAUCAUGCACGCCGGCAGUGUCCUGGAUGCCACCUCGGACAUGACGGCGAAAAAGUCCGACGUGACCACAUUCCGAGGGGCGUUCGAGUCCGUGAUGAGACAGCACUACCCUUCGCUGGUGGGACACGUGGCAAUCCGGCUGGUUCCGUGCCCGUCCGUGUGCACCGAUGCGCUCGGAAUCCUGUCCAGCUUAAGCCCGUACUCGUUCGAUGCUUCGCCUUCGACGUCGGACAUUCCCAACCUGACGGAUGUUCCGGUCGGGGCCAUCCCGCUACUGACGACCUGUUCGCCCGAUUUCCAGGACGCCGUGAACCGAUCGGUCGCCAGUGCGAAUAUGGUAUUUGCUGAAUUCUUGAAGAGCGACGAAGGCAAAGGAUUCAACGGACAGGUCGCAUUAAUCGGGGACUCGAUGGGAGGUGUGCUGGCCCAUGACGCGCUGGGCCGAUGCAAUGCGAGGCACGGAAGCGAAGCUUCCGGCUUGGAUCACAUCGUGGACUAUGUCGAAGUGAAUGACCUGGAUGCAAACAAACUGCUGACGGCGCCUUCUCCCCGGAGAAGAUCCUCGUCGACCAGUGAUUCCCGGCUUCCCAAGUUCGACUUUGAGGUCGGAGACUUUUUCAUGUUCGGAAGUCCACUAGCCGUUAUCCUGGCAGCUCGACGAUUGAGCGAUUCCCGUUGUGGAACCAACAAACCAUCCUGCUCGCAAAUCUACAAUCUAUUCCACCCGACUGAUCCCACCGCAUCCCGGCUGGAACCGCUUCUGAGUGCUCGCUUUUCGAUGCUUCCUCCCGUCAACGUUCCGCGCUAUGCCAAAUAUCCACUCGGAAAUGGUCAGCCGUACCACCUUCUGGAACUGAUCCAGUCCAGUCCGCAGAUCUUCAGCGACGGUCCACCGCCCAGGCGUCUCUCGGAUGCUUCGAUCCAAAGUACCAUCUCCGGAAUGAUCGAUAACGUCCCGCUGACAACGAUCAACCAACUCCAACAGCGCUGGUGGGGAUCCAAACGUCUGGACUACGCUCUCUACUGCCCGGACGGUCUGAGCAACUUCCCGGCUCACGCCCUCCCGCACCUGUUCCAUGCAAGCUACUGGGAGUCCAGCGACGUGAUCGCCUUCAUCCUACGCCAGAUAGGCCGUUUCGAUAACUUGACCCUGGUCGGACCGGAUGACAAGGAGAUAUCGUCCUUCCGGCCGGCACAAGCUCGGGAAAAGUGGAACAAAAAGCGAACCUCCGUCAAACUGAAAAACGUGACGGCCAACCACCGGGCGAACGACGUUAUUGUCAAGGACGGCGAACCGCAGAAAAUGGUCGCCCGGUUCAUGUACGGCCCGCUGGACAUGAUCACCCUGGCGGGCGAAAAGGUCGACAUCCACAUCAUGAAGGAUCCCCCCGGAGGCGAAUGGAAUUUCAUGGCAACGGAAAUAACCGACAAAAAUGGUCGAAUUUCCUUCGUCCUGCCGGAGGAGCGGUCCCUCGGCUACGGAAUCUAUCCGGUGAAAAUGGUUGUGCGAGGCGAUCACACCUCGGUCGAUUUCUACCUGGCGGUGGUUCCUCCGAGAACCGAGUGCGUCGUGUUCAGCAUAGACGGGUCAUUUACGGCUUCGGUCUCGGUAACCGGAAAGGAUCCUAAAGUUCGAGCCGGUGCCGUUGACGUCUGCCGACACUGGCAAGAGCUGGGCUACCUGCUGAUCUACAUCACCGGAAGACCGGACAUGCAACAGCAACGGGUAAUGUCCUGGCUGAGCCAGCAUAACUUCCCUCAUGGAUUGGUGUCGUUUGCGGACGGGCUGUCAACGGAUCCGCUGGGGCACAAGGCGGCCUAUUUGAACAAUUUGAUUCAAAAUCACGGUGUGAUUGUGCACCUGGCGUACGGCAGCAGUAAGGACAUUAGCGUCUACACCAGCAUCGGACUGAAGCCGAAGCAGAUCUUCAUCGUUGGAAAGGUGAGCAAAAAGCUGCAACCCUUGGCGACCCCGUUGAGCGAAGGCUACGCGUCGCAUUUGACUUCCCUGAUAACACCGGGUGGCUCCCGGCCGGCACAGGGCAACGCGCGGAUGGUGAUCCCACGGGGCUGCUUCAAUCUACCCGGCCAGAACCAAUCCAUUCGCAGGCGAAGCAAUGAAGCGGGACUGGCCUCGCCGGCGCGCAGCGGAUUUCUCAAACGGAAAACAUAUCUCCACUAAAAAAAAAAUAAUGGGAGAACCAUCCGACUUCCGUGAGCGGCCUGCCGCUUCUACCUGUAUUAUGUACAUCUCAUCUCAACACGGCCACCAUCCAACAUUGCUUCUUUCACCGAGGAUUCGUGGACUAUCUGCUUCGAUCAGUGGAACUAUGGUUGGAUUCUGUCACUUGGUACCUGGCUCAAAGAAGACUGUCUCUUACCUGUUGUAAGAACGAUGUACGUUCAACUGUUAAGCAAACAAAAACAAAAGUAAAUAAAUCCAAUCUUAAGAUGCGAUUCGGCAGAAGAAAAAUAACCAAAGUUAAAAUGCAGUAAUCUCGUUGGAAAAUAUACCCUAAAUGGAACACGACAGUGUCGUAAAUGUAAACGUGGACACCUGUUGACUUUUUUGUGUACAGAAUAAAUCCGUUUGCAGCAGAGAGAAAAAAAUACGGACACACUUGUUGUUGCUCUGCUGUGUGAAGCAAUUUAUAUCAAGUUAAAACAAAAUGUAAACCUUGCAAAAAGAAGGAGGUCAAAGUUCAAUAUCAAAAGAAAGGAAAAGAAAAGUCAGCUGUGUGAAUGUUUAAAAUAAGAAGAAUAUAGGUGUUUGUUGAUAUUACAUGGAAAAUGGGUUGGGGUACAAACAAAAUAUCGUAGCAAUUGUGUAAAGAAAAUCUCGAAUAAUUUAGUGUUAGUGUUCAAAAAACAGAAAAAAAAAAACAAAUCAGAUGUUAGCAUUAUCGACGGGGGAGAAACAAAGAUAUUCUAAAUAGGUAUUUGUUACACUCAUAUUACGAGCCACGUUAUUAAGGUUGUUGAUUUUUGAAUGAGAUAAUAGAGAGGCAAUGUAAGAGCAAAUCAGAUUCACUGACACCCACACACUCACUCACUCAAUUUCCAACUAAAGAAUUUGGUUUUAUUCGUUAUUUACCUACCUAAAUACCUACAAACCAAACAUGAUGUUGAAUACAGGUUGCGUCUACUGAUUUUUUCAUCGGACCCAUGUUGAUAUUACUGUUACGAUUCUCAUAUUGAAUUUGAUCGAAUUUAUUACGUCGGAAGAGUGUCAUCUCAAACCUAAGUUUGAAUCCUAAGGAAAGCCGGUAAAUGCUUUCGAUGUGGCUACCAAAGCGACGAGUAUGUUAAACCCAUGACGCCCAACGUGUUUACUUGCGAGAAGAUCUCCCUCAAUCAAAGCAGAAUCAUUGUUAGAGCGAAGCAACAAGAACAAAACUAAUUAAUUAAUUUAAACAAAUGCUAAAUGGACAAUCCUAGUAGGAUCGAAGCAAACUCUGAAAAUAAUCUCACAAACGCAUACAAAAGCAUACUUUGAUGUUGUUAAAAAAAAAAACAAAAA